GGAAUUCGGUUUCCAAUCAGUCACUGUUGUUGUUGUCUGCAAGCAGCUAGCAGCCUCUCUAACCUAAGUUUUGAGCAACAAAAGUCCAGAAGUUUUAGAAUCAAUACUAUGGAGGAUACUUUUGGCGAUGACGACUUCUUCAGUGAUGGUGAUGGAGAACCUAUCACUGCUCAGAAAGUGUUACAAACCUUGGAAGAGGCUUGGUUGAAUGAGAAAUUCUGCCCAGAUUUGCUCCCGUCUCAGGCAGACUAUGUUGAAUGCAUGAUGGAGCAGAUACAACAAAUGGAAGAAAAUGUCAACAAGUUGAAGAAGAAUGAUUUUAGAGUUGAAGUACAUCACAUGGAACUAGCAAGAAUAAGGUAUACAAUUACAAGCUAUCUGAGAUCUAGAUUAGAGAAGAUCGAAAAAAACACUGCCUACAUCUUGGAGCAGGAAGCACUUCGAGGCCCAGAAAAUUCCUACUUGUCUGAAGGAGAGCUGAUUUUUGCAAGGGACUUUCUAGCACUUCAAGAAAAUCACUGCAAACAACUGGUACUACAACAUGUGCCACCACCUUUCCAAGAUUUUAUGCCUACUCAGCAAUCUUUAGUGCCGAACCUUCGGAGUCAUGUUUUUUUACGGGCAAAGAAAGAUGUUGAUGGAGUUGUUAUUGAAGGAGACCGUGACAGUAGAGAUGAAGAAGUCGAUUUAGAAGAGAAUUCACAGCAUAUCAUGCAAUAUAAGCCUAUUGCCAAUUUUGUAAAGGAUGGUACUAUUCAACUAAUUUAAUUUUACUUAUUGUGUCUGUAAAGUUUCACUGCCUCUUACUAAAAAAUUCCUUUCAUGGGUCAUCAUUGUUAAUCUGUUAUAAAUUGUUGAUAAAAUUUGGUAAAUACAAAUCUUUGUUAAGAAAA